AUGACGUGUUGUAUUUCUGCAACAUCGUGUACUCUGUUUGUGUUGCUGCUAUGCAUCGGUUUCGCGAGCUCGUACAACUAUGCAAACAAUGGCGGACGAUUCGACGGUAACGGAAACAAGCAGCGCACCGUCACCUACAACUAUGACCGCAUGGGUGAGGUUAACAAAGAGUGCGCCUCUCUCUUACAAUCCGCCGAGGAACUCAAACCCGACGACAGCAGAUUGUACACCAUCAAAGAAGAGCUCUCCUUCUCGAACGGCGAUUGGUGGCAGCCGGGCUUAUUAAACGGGUCGGGUCGAACUGCUGCUCCAUUAAUGCCAUUCAACUACGACGGCUAUAAUUUCAUCAACCCAUUGAACCUGGUUUCGUUCUGGGUCACCGACGUUGACCCGAAUCACCGUUAUUCCAAGAAAUCCAUACCCGUUAGCGGGUUCUUAGAAAUCAGCACAACCAUAGCAAACAUUCUCCCCCAAAAACCCAACGACGAAACCCCGAGAUUCGAUAUAUGGCCCGGGAAUUCGCAGCUGUCGAUUCGGUUCCAAGGAGUCUACACUGAAUUGGGGGGACAGAGAGUAAUGUGUUUGUUGGGGAGUGCGGUGCUGCCUUCCCGUGGGCCCCACUCGAACGAUCCGUGGCCGUGGGUGAAGAAAAACGGCGAUAGUAAUCACCCGGUUCUCGCGCCGGACGACCGGAUUCUGCUCGAGCUCCGUUACCCUAAGGCGUUGAGUUUGUGGACCAGAGAAAUAUACGGACGCAUCAAGAGUUUGAACCCAGAAUCGGACCUCAAGUACUUCGACGAAGUUCUUGUUUCUUCCUCGUUGGGGUCCGCGAACUAUAAGUUCACUUCCGAUGAUCUCGUGUCGAGGGCUUGCGACUCGAUGAAUGGCGAAAUCGAAGUUAUUGAUGAUGUGUACAAAGGGGUUGACUUUUGUGGGGUGCUCGAUAGAUUCUCCCGUCAAGAACAAUUCACAGAACAAUUCACCGUUUUACCGAACUUUAACUGCAAUGGGACGGACGAGUUUUGUCGUAAAUUGGGUCCGUUCGUAUCGAGCAAGGAGAUCGAUCUCUCUGAUGGGGGAUUCAAAAACUUGAAGCUCGUUUUUCACGACGUACGGUGCGAAAACACUACUUUGUCGAAGACGAGGGUGUCUUCGGUUUUCCGAGCGGUACCCCCCUCGGAGCAGUUCUACUCCGCGACGCAACGUACGGGGCUCAACGGCAUGACCCUCUCCGCCGAGGGUGCGUGGUAUCCUUCGACGGGGCGCCUCUGCAUGGUCGCAUGCUCACCGUACGAUAACAUAUGUCACACUCGUGUAUCUAUGUACGUUCCUCUCUUGUUUUCGAUAAAACAGAGGAGUGUGUUCUCGGGCACUCUAUCGAGCAUCGAUCCGACGGUCAGAUCGUACUCCCCGUUAGCGUUCGAGAAGCCCGUGGAGUCCACUGAGCAGUGGAACUCCGGGGCCCACUACGAGUACUCGAAGAUCGAAGCCGCCACGUCACUACUCGAGAAGUACGAGCCUUCUAAAAUCCGAUCCGCAGUGAAAAAGUCUUUCUUGAAAUUCCCGAAAUUAGAGAACACCGAAGAGAAUCUUCCUUACAGCGUUUCGGUUCUGUCCGAAGAUCUGAAACUUGUCAUGAGAGCCGUAGCGGACCCACUUCCGAGGUCUGGGAUAUAUAUCCAACUGCAAAUCGAGAUACUAACAAUCGGCCCGUUUUUCGGGCGUUAUUCUAAUAAUCAGAAGGGUAGUAUUUCUUUUAAUCCGAUGCCGCUUCUUAAUGUGUCAGCGCAGAUAAAUCUCGUUGGAAUCGACGCGUACAACUACUCUUUGAUAUCCGUAGAGGGAAUCUACAAUUCACUUUUCGGGAAAAUGUAUCUUAUUGGUUGCGUGGACCUCGCGGAGAAGGGGCUCGAUUCCCCCGUUUUGUACCGGAAUCAACGGGAGGAUAUUCUUUCGAGACGGGGCGUGGAAGGGAUCCUCCGCAUCGCGACGCUGUCUUUGGCUAUCGGAUGUAUAUCGAGCCAGCUCUUCUACGUGAGGGGUAAUAUCGUAAAUGUCCCGUACGUAUCGCUCGUGAUGCUUGGAGUGCAAGCGAUUAGCUACGGCCUACCGCUGAUCACGGGGGCCGAGGCCCUUUUCGGUAAAAUAGCAAAAACGGGAUUCGAGAAUUUGCAGAAAGGCCAACCGUUUCACGUCAUCGACUAUAUGGUGAAAUUAUUAGUGCUGGUUGCGUUUUUGUCAACUAUGAGGCUUUGUCAGAAAGUAUGGAAAUCCCGUGUACGAAUGCUGACUAGAUCCCCGUUAGAGCCGCACCGAGUCCCGAACGACAAAAAAGUCCUUUUCGCUACUUCAAUUAUACACAUUAUUGGAUAUAUACUCGCUCUCAUCGUACACUAUAAAACCACGAGGUAUCAAAGAGAAUCUUUCGUAGAUUCUAACGAAUAUUCUCGCCCCGUCAGCGCAUGGGAGGCUGAGCUGGUGGAGUACGUCGGUUUGAUGCAAGAUUUCUUCCUUCUUCCGCAAGUAAUCGGGAACUUGCUAUGGAUGAUCCAAGUUAAGCCCCUGAGGAAAAUGUACUACAUUGGAUUAACUCUUGUUCGGAUUUUUCCGCACGUGUACGAUUUCGUAAAAUCGCCUUUCCCGAGUAAUCCUUAUAACUACUCCAACGACGAAUACGAGUAUUUUAACCCUCAAACGGAUUUUUAUUCCAAAUUCGGCGACGUUGCUAUUCCGAUUUUUUCGGUUAUUUUGGCGGUAAUUGUUUAUGUUCAGCAGAGGUGGAAUUACGAGAAGCUUAGAGGGAAGCUCAUUGCGAGGCAGGCGAAGCUUCUGCCUUUGGGCUCGAGAGUUUACGAGAGACUGCCGUCGUCUCUCUCGUUCGAAGCUGAGCUGGCAUCUGGCGUAAACGGCGAUUCUACAUUACAGAGAGCAAGGACACUUUACGGUUUACUUACGUCACAGUUUGGAGACGUAAGAGAUGAGCUGGAAAUUACGAAGCAACCUGUUCAAGAGUUCUUGGCAAGUUACUUUGGUUUCAGACACGAUUUUAUCGGUGUGGUCGCUCUUAUGGUCGCUGGAUUUGAAGUUUUGUUUGCGUUUGUUUUCGCGUUUGCCGUCAUGACAUUGAAUUUCCAGAGGAGAUAA